CGUCACCAAUCUCUAGGCGGAUCCAACAACUCGUGCAUCCCUUACCCAUCUCGUUAAGCCCCCAGAAAAGUAUACCGCCCCGACCCGUCCGGCCAAUUCGCGCACCUCCGCCCGCCUCCCCUUCGCUCGCUCCACCCAGAUCUCGCCGCGAUGGCCCUCGCCAGCGCCACCGCCCGCGCCCUCCUCCUCCUCCUCCUCGCUGUCGCCGGGAUCCUCCUCCGUCCGGCGGCGGCGGAGAUCAAGCAGGAGUCCUUCAAGGACGACUCCCGCUCCUCCAUCCUCUUCGAGAAGUUCGGCUUCUCCCACCGCGGCUCGGUGUCCAUCUCCGUCACCGGCGCCAAGGCCGCCUCCUCGCUCGCCAAGCCGGACCCGUCGCAGCUCGGAUUCUUCCUCCUCUCCGAUGAGGCGCUCUUCGAGGCCAUCUACGAGCAGCCGCCGCCCACGGAUCUGAACCCCAACCCUGAAUCCUCCCCGGGAUGCGUCCUCUCCAGCCCCUACGUCACGCCGCUCUUCACCUUCGCCGAUCUCGACCGCGGAGGUCACUACAACAAGACCUUCCCCAUCACCCACCCCGACGAGUACAGCCUCUUCUUCGCCAACUGCGCGCCCGAGACCGCCGUCACCAUGGAGGUCCGCACCGACAUGUACAACACCAACCCGGACGGCACCAAGGACUACCUCUCUGUCGGUCAGGCCCCUGUCCCGGCGAUCUACGCCUUCUUCGCCGUCUGCUACGUCGUGUUCCUGGCCGGCUGGCUCUACAUCACCCUCUACCGCAACCGCCUCUCCGCGCACCGCAUCCACCACCUCAUGUCCGGCCUGCUUGUCGCGCGUAUGCUCUACUGCAUCUCGGCAGCCGAGGACCAGCACUACAUCCGCACCGCUGGGACACCGCACGGGUGGGACGUGAUGUUCUACCUGUUCCAGCUUGUGAAGGGUGUGAUCUUGUUCGCCGUGAUUGCGUUGAUUGGGACCGGGUGGUCAUUCCUGAAGCCGUUCCUGCAGGACAAGGAGAAGAAGGUGCUCAUGGUGGUGAUCCCGUUGCAGGUUGCAGCUAACAUUGCUGCUGCUGUGGUCGGCGAGACCGGACCAUUCUUUCAGGGAUGGAUAACAUGGAACCAGAUCUUGUUGUUUGUUGACGUCGCUUGCUGCUGUGCCGUGCUCUUCCCAGUUGUUUGGUCGAUGCGUUCUCUGCGGGAGUCAUCCAAGACAGAUGGCAAGGCAGCCCGAACCCUUGCCAAGCUCACUCUUUUCCGCCAGUUCUAUGUCGUCGUGAUUGGAUACCUGUACUUCACUAGGAUCAUUGUGUAUGCGCUCAAGACAAUCACCAACUACAAGUACAGAUGGGUGAGUGUUGCGUCUGAGGAGGUUGCCACCAUGGCAUUCUACAUGUUCAUGUUCUACAUGUUCAGGCCAGCUGAGAGAAACCAGUACUUUGCGCUCGACGACGAUGAAGAGGAAGCUGCAGAGCUGGCGCUCCGUGAAGAGGAGUUUGAGCUCUAGAGAAUUAUGAAGGAUACCAAAUAUCAUGGGAAUGCGGCUAUCUUCCGUUCAAUUUCUCCUCGAUGUGUUGUUGAUCAUACUAUACAGAUUCAGGGUUUAGCUUAUAUUUGUGUAUGUGUUGUGGGGAAUCUUCUUUUCUACUCCUUUUAGCUUCAGAAGCUGCCAGUGAGACUUGUGAUAACUGGAUUGCUUAUGUUGCCAAUUAGGGAAAUUUAAUGGCCUUGUCAUUUUGCCUAGUCUCAA